UCAGCCACUCGAUGGGGAUUAACAGUGGAGCACCUCUUUGUGUCGCCUUUCCACCUCUCUGUAGCAAGAAUAACAACUUCAGCACUUCUUCAAUAAUAAUUAUGAAACUGGUAUUAACUGAAUGGCAAUUAUGGAUUUUUAACUCUAACUCACAGUAAACCAGCAAGCCAUAUGUUGAAAUUCCUACCAAAUAGCUUUUCAUUCUUAAUGUCUCAUAUCUAUACAAGAAGUUGCAAGAUACCUGUUUGUACAAGAGGAAUAUAAGCAUUACUUGCCUGAGGAACAGAAGCUGAAAGAGAAGACACCUAACUUGUUCGUGGAGUUAUGGUAGUAUUAUUUAUAGAGAUAUAACAAAUAUAUUUUUUUUAUGGUAAUGAAAAUGGCUCCCCAGAAUGCUGACUCGGAAUCUAUGCAAGUUCAAGACCUACCUGUGGCACAGCUUCAGAAACCAGAAAACAAGGAGAAUGAAAGUAGAGAGGAGACCAUUAGUGAAGGAUCCAUAGACCGGAUACCAGUUCGCCUGUGGGUGAUGCAUGGUGCAGUAAUGUUUGGCAGGGAAUUUUGUUAUGCCAUGGAGACAGCUUUGGUGACACCCGUAUUGUUACAAAUUGGUCUUCCUGAACAAUACUACAGCCUCACGUGGUUCCUUAGCCCUAUCCUGGGCUUGAUCUUCACUCCGCUUAUAGGUUCAGCUAGUGACCGCUGCACACUGAGCUGGGGCCGCCGGCGGCCUUUUAUUCUUGCUCUCUGCAUUGGUGUCCUCUUUGGAGUUGCACUUUUCCUUAAUGGCUCUGUUAUAGGUCUGGCUAUUGGUGAUGUCCCGGACAAGCAACCCAUUGGUAUAGUUCUCACGGUGCUUGGUGUUGUGGUGUUGGACUUUUGUGCUGAUGCAACAGAAGGGCCAAUUCGGGCCUACUUGUUGGAUGUAGUGGACAGUGAAGAGCAAGACAUGGCCCUUAACAUCCAUGCAUUUUCAGCUGGUCUUGGAGGGGCAAUCGGUUAUAUGUUAGGAGGGCUGGACUGGACACAGACCUUCUUGGGUGGUAUUUUUAAAUCUCAAGAGCAAGUCCUUUUCUUCUUUGCAGCCAUUAUUUUCUCUGUCUCCGUUGCUCUCCACCUUUUUAGCAUUGAAGAAGAGCAAUAUAACCCUCAGCAGGACAGGAUUGAUGAUGGAGACGACACACUUUCCAGUGAAGAGCCGUAUGGAGCCUCUAUGUUCCACGAUGAGGUUCAGUCAGAGCAUGAUCUCAAUUUGGAGUUUCUUGACGUGAACAUUGUAAGAAGUAAGAGUGACUCGGUUCUGCACAUGCCCGAUGCUACAUUGGAAAUUGAAUCGGAACUGCUUUUUCUGCAUGACAUUGAACCCUCCAUUUUUCAGGAUGCUUCAUAUCCAAAUACUCCCCACAACACAAGCCAAGAGAUCAUGAAAUCCAAACUCAACCACCUGUCUGCUUUCCUCAGGGACAGUGAGAAAGAGGAGGAAAUGUUGCUUGAUAAUCGCUUGAAUGAAGAUAAAGUCCCAAAUGUCAAUGGCUCCCUACCAAAAGAGUUCCUCAAUGGACAUGCUAGAAUAGGCAUGAAGCAAUCUAGUACUUCAAACUCCAUGCGAAGGAGGAGGCACAUGUUUUACCGUCAGCCAUCUUACACCUUCUCAUACUAUGGCAAAAUAGGCUCUCACCGCUAUCGCUUUCGUCGGGCCAAUGCCAUUGUCUUGAUAAAGUCCUCACGCAGCAUGAAUGAUAUCUAUGACAUGCAGAAGCGGCAGCGACAGAGGUACAGACACAGGAAUCAGAGUGGCACAACAAAUUCAAGCGGAGACACAGAGAGCGAAGAGGGGGAGACUGAAACCACUGUCAGACUCUUGUGGUUGUCGAUGCUAAAGAUGCCAAAGGAGCUGCUGAGACUGUGUGUCUGUCACCUCUUAACUUGGUUCUCAAUCAUUGCUGAAGCUGUGUUCUAUACAGAUUUCAUGGGCCAGGUCAUCUUUCAGGGCGAUCCAAAGGCCCCUUCAAACUCAACCGAGUUACACGCUUAUAAUGCUGGAGUUCAGAUGGGUUGCUGGGGACUGGUAAUUUAUGCUGCUACUGCUGCCGUUUGUUCAGCCUUGUUGCAGAAAUACUUGGACAACUAUGAUCUUAGUAUAAAAGUGAUCUACAUCCUGGGCACGCUGGGUUUUUCUCUUGGCACUGCAGUGAUGGCUAUGUUCCCCAACGUGUACGUCACCAUGAUAAUGAUCAGCACUAUGGGAAUAGUCUCUAUGAGUAUCUCCUACUGCCCCUAUGCGCUUUUGGGACAAUACCAUGAUAUUAAACAGUACAUUCACCAUAGCCCCGGGAACUCAAAGCGAGGAUUUGGCAUAGACUGCGCUAUUCUGUCAUGUCAGGUUUACAUCUCUCAGAUCCUCGUGGCCUCUGCGCUUGGUGGUGUGGUCGAUGCGGUUGGCACAGUCAGAGUCAUUCCCAUGGUGGCUUCAGUGGGAUCCUUCCUGGGUUUUUUGACAGCUACCUUCUUGGUGAUUUACCCUGAAGUCAAUGAAGAGCCAAAGGAAGAACAGAAAGGACUAGGUCCUCCAGAGGCAGCCGAAGGCAACGGCACGAGCGGAGAGAAGCCAACUGUGCUGAAGCUCACGCGCAAAGGAGCUGCCACAUCCGAAUUGGAGAGCGAGUCAGCCGUUUGAGGCCGUUGCUUGUUCUUCACCCACAUUCCAGGGA